AUCACCUCAAUGGACAUGAGUUUGAGCAAGCUCUGGGAGUUGGUGAUGGACAGGAAAGCCUGGCGUGCUGCAGUCCAUGGGGUCACAGAGUUGGACACGACUGAGCAACUGAGUAACAAUGAAACUCCCAUUUUCACCUUGAUCUUCCUUUUCAUCUUCAUCAACCUUCAUGACAUACCCUCUUCCUAAAAAUACCCUCUAUUUAAACAUUGCUGUUUUAGAUAUUUUACUUCUGAACUGUUUUCUUAGACAAAGCUUUUAGGAGUAGGAUUAUUUGGUCAAGAGGGAAGAGAAGCUUUGUGAUAGUCCUUUAUGGCAACAGAGUUUCAUUUGUGCUUAUCCCACUUUGAGAGGCAAGGAAAGGAGAGCAAACAUAUCAGCAUGUUUAUGAAUAGCAAGCUCUAUCAUAAAAACGAAGUGACAGCCUUAUGCAAGUCAAUACCUGCUGACUGCAUCAGUCCCUUGGUUCCUAAUGUGAUUAAAUCUUGUAUCACCAACCAAGAGAAAGCAAUUGAAGCAUUGUGACUUAGAUUCAAAUAGGUGUCUUGUGGGAGUAAAUUAGGCAAGAAGCGAAUACUGCUGUGUGCAGAUGCUGGCUCAGGAGGAGUAGUCCCCUGCAUCUGAUUGAGAACAGGUCCAUCAUCAGAAUACACAGUCCUGUUUACAGAAUGUAUGGUAAGAAGGUAGGUAGGACUAUGCAUUUCAGUGAUUUGAAUCUUUUGCCUUUUUGAAUAAUCAGCUGGAGUUGGGAUUCAUUGGCAAGCAAGCCAACGCUUUGGCCCAUGUCCCAAGGGAAGACGCCUGGGCAGUAAGGUUAUUUCACCUUAGAUGGGAGAUUAGAGAAAGGAGUGUGCAAAUAUAAGGAAAGGGGCCAGGCCAGUGGGGAGGAGGGGGAAUUGUCAGAUAAACGACAGACACACACAAAAAGGGAAGAAGAACCCCACCCGCCCAAACCACCUCCCACCCCAGAAUGUCUCUCUGUGAACUAUCUACAGGAAGUGAGAUGAGGAGAUCAAAACCACAAAAACCAAAUUCCAAACAGAGACGUUGGGGGGAAAGCGGGGACAGGGCAACAAGUGGACCUCAAGUGUGGCUCCCCUGCUAGGCCACACUUCUUCCAGUCCCUGGUCCCCAGCACGCAGCCCAAGCCUACACGAACCAUGCACAGUGGAGGCUGGGACUUGCUUGCCUUCACACACACACAUACCCGACAUGCAUGGUGCGUGCACACACGCCACGUACAUCUACAUCCUAGAUGCACAGGGAUGCCCGCCCACAAGACACACACAGAGUCUGAGGCAUGCACGUGAGUGCCCUAGCACCGACACGUUCACCUUAAGGCUGUAGAAUGUGGGGCCCAGAGAGGGCGAAGGAGUGAGAUGGCCUGGGGCCUCCCUUCUCAGAGGCCCCUACCUCGGUACGUACCAGACGCCCACCCUUACCCUCUCUUCAACCCAAGUCCACCGGGCCCAAUACUCUCUGGGUGCAAGAUGGGUGAUAGCCGAGGAUGGCGCCCCUGCGCCCCAGGCAGAGCAAAGGGGGAGAUCACGGCCUCCAUUCUCAGACAGGGUUCAGCAGGAGUUAAGACCGGCUGGAAGGAAGCCCUGGGAGGGCUGGGGGCUAGUGGGUGGGAAAGCUAGCUUAGCAAAGUUCCUCCUGCCUCAUCCACAGGGUCUGGAGAGCAGGCGAGGGGCGGAGAAGACAGGGCCCAGAGGCGGUGCCAGAGGCUCUGCGCCAGCUCCUGGCUUCCACGGGGCAACGCGAGCCCCGUCCACUAGGGGGAGCCCGAAACCCAAUCCUGAGCGCGGCUUCCACGGGGCCGCGCCUCCUGCCCACCCAGGCCCCGGGACUUGACUGCUUUUCUGACCGAGAAGGGAGCUGGACGGCCCGAGGCCGCUCCGAACCUCACGACAGGGCAAGGAAGGCGGCACAGGGCGCUGUCCACCGGGCGGCCACCAGAAGGCAGCCUCUGGCAGGAGCAGCAACGCAGAGGCAGGCUGCCGUGGGCGCCCCAGUCAGAAAUUCAGGUAGGCCCCACGGCUCCACGUUUUGGCCCUGCCAGCGGCUUCUGUUGAUUAAAGACCAGAAUCUCCCCAACUGCCCGAAGGCCUGGUCCUGGGGCAGGCAGUGGAGAGUCUCCCCAGUCCUGGUCUGGGCACAAAGGUGAGGGCAGGACAAGAUUCUGGAGGCAGGGCCGCUGGGACCGCUGAGGAACAGAUGAGUAAUUUGACAAUGCUAUUAGCUAAUGAAAAGAAGAGAGCAUUAUCUUAUUUAUAGACUUUGGGCGUUAUUAUCUAGAGGCUUCCUUGUGAGAGCUGAGGUGGCUAUUGAAUCUUAAAGGAGAAACAAACAUAGGGCCCAAGGGCCUGGGCUGAUCUCUAUAUUCAUAAACCAGGACAGGACAAUCAUCUUCUCUUGACCACUGAGGAGGCUGGGGUUCUAACAGACUAAGAAAUAAAAGCCAAGAUCAUCAGCAUGCCAUUGCUGCUACACCCUGCCCUGUUCUUCCACUGGCCAGCGAACACAGGCUCUGCUACCCACUUGAAUGCAGAAGGGAAAGAGUGAAAUAAAGGGAGAAAAGAAAAAAAAAAUAAACAGGAACAGAUUAACAUCUCAAAAUAUCCUGCUACAUUUGAAAGAUGUGAGAGUUGGAUUCAUGUGUGAUGUUCUACUGGGAAAAAGGAAUUGUUCUUGAAAAUGAAGUCUGUGCUGUUGCAGAGACAGCGUUGCCCCUAGGUCCACAGAAUGCUCUGAUGUCAUCACUGAGGUCAGAGAAUCCUGCUGUGGGCCUGGCGACCUUUGAACCUUAACAGCCCUGCGCUGUGGAGAGCACUGGGCAGUGCUGCUGCUUUAAGUGGUCUGAGUUCUUCAGCCACUUCGGAGACUUGACUGCUUUUACUUGAUUUAAUUAUCAAGUCAUUUCAGCGGGUCUCCGGAGAGCCAAGAAGGGCCAACCUGUAGUGAAGAGGAGGAGCUGGACGUGUGGCAUCUUCUUCUAGGGGGUCUUCUAGUUGGGACCAUGAAAAGGCGACAAAAGAGGAAACACCUGGAAAAUGAAGAGUCCCAGGAGACUGCUGAGAAGGGAGGAGGAAUCUCAAAAUCACAAGAGGAUCCCCCUCAGCUAGGAUGCACUGCAGUGGCCCGAGUCUGCCCCCAAGGGUCAGGGGAGGUCUCUUCUGCCUCUGAAUACUUCUCCUGUGUUUCUUCUCCACGCAAGCUCAUCCACGGUGGAAUCUGGAAGUUGCAUCGAGACAGUCCCCAGCCUAGAGCACCCCUAGCCCGUCUUCAAGAACAAGGGGAGAUGGCUCCCCUGUCACCACGUGUCUCCUCCUCCCCUUCAUCCUACAAGACCUGUGCAACCUCUCUGCAUAUGAACAAAGAGAAGAGGGGCAUGAAAAUAUACUACAUGCGGGUACAAAUGAAAAAGGGCGUUGCUGUCUCCUGGGAGGCAGAGAAACCCUCGGAGUCACUAGAAAAGCAGCCGAGGAGGGAGGAAGUGACCCUUCCUGAGGACGUGCGGGCGGGGACUCCCCCCUCGGAUGUGUCCACCAGAAACCUCCUGUCUGACAGCGAGCCCAGCGGGGAGGAGAGAGAGCACGAGGAGAGAGCUGAGUUCGACAGCCCCGCCCCAGGGUCACCCACCGUCGAGGAGAGACCCCGGGCCAGGACACCCGACUGGCUGGUGACCAUGGAGACUGGCUUCCGGUGCAUGGCCUGCUGCCGGGUCUUCCCCAGCCUGGAGAUCCUGCAGGAGCACGUGCAGAAUGGCAUCAGUGAGGGCUUCAGCUGCCACGUCUUUCAUCUCACCAUGGCCCAGCUGACAGGCAACGUGGAACCAGAGAACACCCCUGAGGAGGAGGUGGAGGACGAGGACGAGGAUGAGGAUGGGGAGGACGAGGAGCAGGAGGAGAAGGAGAACGAGGAGCAGCAGUCUGCAGGGGAAGAUGUCAGCUUGAGGAGACCCUGGAGCCAGUGUCCAGGCUGUGUGUUCCAUUCUCCCAAGGACCGGAAGUGAGCAGGGCCCAGGGCUGCAGCGGGAGCUAUGUCUUCUCCAGUCCUGUCUCUCCACCCUGGCUCAGAAGGGAGAAGUGGGGCUUUCUCACCUCAGGGGACAACCGAAGGGGGUAACUGGGCCCCUUGCUUCUGGCCCAGGCAUUUUAAUAAAGUCAUGACUGUAAGAGAGAAUUUAUCCUGAGCUUUUCAGCUUCCCUUGGAAGUUCUCUUUAACUCAAAAGCAUCUCUCUUGAUUUCCACACAGCAACUGAUAAUUCAUGGGCCAGACGAUCCUGAAAGAUGGUGUGGCCUUCUCUUGGAAGAGGUGAGACCUGAGGUUGGCACAGUCUUCUAAGCCUAUGUCAUGAAGGCCCAGAGGAAUCUAAGGGAAGGGGCCGAGGAGAUGCUCUGGGUUACCUGAUGGCUCUGCAGUCGCAUCACCUUGGGGCCCAGGCAGCACUUGGGAGGGAUUGACCUCUGUUGAUUUAGACAAGAAGGUGGAACAUUCGAUUGAGUUUUCUCAGGGUCUCCAUGAUUGACUUCGACUCUAAGAGGAUGUACUGCCAGCAGCUCGUUUUGGUAGAGAGAGCCAGGAGUGGUCUGGAAAGAACAGGGGCCUCACAGGACCCACAGUUUGAGGUCUUGAGAGCCUGUGACCUGAGCCGGGACCUCACCCUGACCACUGUACCUAGCCUUCUGCGACAGAGGAGAAUGGGAGAGGGAGUCAUAUUGAAAUGAGGUCUCCUGAGGUUUGGAAAUAUAUUCCAGAACCUUCAUUGUGUGAUAGUUCAGUUCAGUUGCUCAGUCAUGUCUGACUCUUUGUGACCUCAUGGACUGCAGCACACUAGGCUUCCCUGUCCAUCACCAACUCCCAGAGCUUACUCAAACUCAUUUCCAUUGAGUCAGUGAUGCCAUCCAACCGUCACUAUGCGAUAGUUGAUCUGGAGCCAGACUCUGUGGUGUGUGUGGCUCUUGAGCUUCGAGGCAGAGGUGAAGGGUAACUCGAUCAGCAGAGCUCCUGGUGCUUCUUGUCUCUUGCUGUCCUGCCUCAUUUGUUUUGUCCCUUCCAGAGAGAAGAAAGGACCCCAGAGAGAGUAGCAGACAGAAUGCCAGUGGUCUGAAGGAGAAAGAAGGGGCUGGCAUUCAGUCCAACAUCAUAUGACAGUAUAAACAUGAUAUGUAAUAAAGGGUGUUUCCCAAACCUUUUCUGGAUAUUUUAUUUACCUAUGUAUGUAUCUACUUAUGUAUCCAUCAAUCAGUCAUCUACAUCUAUAUCUCU